AUGGCCACGACCCAGACCUACCAGCCUCACAUGACCGUUGGCGGCGAAAGGGUGCCAUUCAUCUCUUCUGCUCGUCCAUAUCCCUCGCCGCCUGCCUUGACCGUUGCUCGCGGCGCCAGCUUUGCAAUCCUCGACCCUUUCUCGACUGCGGCAGCUGGCCGUCAUGACAUGGCAAGCCGAGUUCCAACCAAGCCAACAUCACUCCGACUCGAAUCGUGCCCGAGUUCUCCUUCAUCGGCUCCUUCGUCGCUCGCGUCUGCUUGCGGGGAACAGUGCGGCAAAGAUGAUCUCGUACCACCCAACGGAAUCAUCCAUCAUCGCUGCCAAUUUCAGACGAACGGCGUCCACGACGAAUCCAACGACGGCGGCACGGGUGAAUGA